AUGGGAUUGAUAUGCUCCAAUUUGUCCGGGUCCAUUUCUUUCACGGAAACAGAACUGAACCGACAACUUCCUCAUAUACACACUUACUUAACUGUGCACAUUUCGAACAUUCGUACUCCACCAGACAAAUGUGCACACGUUCAGUGUCAUCCGUACGCACAAUGUCACGAUGGUCAGUGCCGCUGCAUCGAUGGAUACGAAGGUGAUGGACAUCAGGAAUGCCAACCAAAGAUGACUGAUGAAUGCGCCAAUAUUCGCUGUCACCCGUAUGCGGAAUGCGAAAGAGGUCGUUGUAUUUGUCGAUCGGGCUACGAAGGCGAUGGGUAUUAUGACUGUCGACCGGUGCAAACAGACCCUUGCUUCAAUGUGGUAUGUUACAAAAACUCAUUCUGCAAGAAUGGUCGAUGUCAAUGCGACCCGGGUUACACGUACGACCCGAUCUACCAGUACUGCAGACCAAUUAGACCUGAAAAACCGGAUAUUCCCAAUCUGGUCGAAUGUUUCCGUGUGGUGUGUGCGGGGGAGGGAGAGGAUCCAUGUCUCAAUGUGACUUGCCAGCAAAACUCUUACUGUCAAGACGGUCGGUGUCAUUGCAACCCGGGCUACACGUACAAUCCGACUUACGGGUACUGUAUGCCCCUAAUUGUCGGGUUAUGUGGUCGAGUUCAAUGCCAUCCAAAUGCUUACUGUGAAAACGAGCGUUGUCAAUGCCGCCCAGGUUUCGAAGGCGAUGGACGCCUAACCUGCCAGCCCCUAAAUAUACGGGAUCCGUGCACUUUUGUCGUCUGUCAUCCACAAGCCGUUUGUUUUAUGGGACGAUGCACUUGUCGACUCGGAUAUCAGGGUGAUGGCCAUCAUUACUGUCGUCCUGUCAGACCAAGUCCAUGUGUUGACAGCCAGUGCCCUCCAAAUGCACACUGUGUAAACGAUCGAUGCCAGUGUAAGGACGGUUUCGAAGAUGACGGAUAUGGAUGUCGUGAACGUCCAGUAACUUUAGUCUAUCUCGGUAUGCCAUUGCACAAGGAUUCAAAAAGGAAGAAGUUGUUUCUCUCAUUUCCAUCUGGUAUACCGUUCAAGGAGUUGGCUCAGUGUGUCCACGGUCGUUGUGUCUGCACUCCCGGUUUUGUUGAGGUUCAACCCGGAUUGUGUAUUGAAUGUGUACAAGAGAAUUGUCAUCCGAACGCACAGUGUCUUCCCAACCCACAAUAUAACAAGGCAUACUCUUGCCAAUGUAAGCGAGGAUUUACCGGCGAUGGUAUUCGAGAGUGUCAGCCAGUAGGGCCAAGCGAGCCGGAAAUAGAACGCCGAUGUGACGGUCCCGAAGGUUGUCCCGUUCGAAACGCGGAAUGUAACCGUGUGACUGGCAAGUGUGAAUGCCGCCCGGGUUACGAUGGAGAUGGAUAUCGUAUGUGUGCAUGGAACUGUCGCAUGUGCCUGCCUGAUGCGGAAUGUGAUCAACAAAACGAACGAUGCAACUGCAAACCCGGUUACUAUGGUGAUGGACAAACUUAUUGUGAACGCAUUCCGACCACACCAGCUCCAAUUCAAGUGCACAUCACUGGUCAGGGUGACACUUAUCGAAUUGCUGAUCUAUCUCGUCCCCUUGAACUGCGCUGUUACGUAACCACACGAGACGAAUCAAUCACUGGUCAAUGGAUCCAACCCGAUGGUUCGCAACACGCCGAGAUUUCCAUAACUCGGCUAAGUAAUGGAACAGAAUUAUUGCUCCGCAUUUCUCGACCAGCGCUAACUGAUGUUGGACGAUAUCAUUGCCGAGCAGGGCAAGUUGAUGCGUUUAUUGAUGUGGCAGUUGAGGAAACUGCAAUACCUUACGACAUUUUCUUGACUAGCGACGAUGGUAUUCUAAAGGUUCGGUCUAGCGGAAUCAAUUCCAGUGUUGCCAGCCUAUGGAACAUCGCGGAAAACAACAAGUACGGUCGGGUUGCCAUGGUUGCUGACUGUAAUACACAACGCAUAAUUUACACAUCAGACUACGGUCAUUCGAUUCGAUGGGGCGAUGCCAACAAACAGCAAAAGAACCUGGUCACGACACAACGAUUUUCUCUGCUGUACUGGGCCUCGUUCACAGAUGGUUGGAUGCCAAAUGGCACCAUUCAAGUGUCUGAUAUGACCGGUGAAAACGAGGGUCAGCUCAUUCAACUUAACGGUGAACCGCUCGCAUUGAGCAUUUCACCGUCGAUGGAAAAUUCUGGUAGCUCUGCAGGACGACUAUGUUGGAUUCAGCGAUCGAUCACAAACGUGUUUGCCCUCGCUACAGAACUGCACUGUGCCCGCUUGAGCUCAGAUGGUCGUCAGGUUAUCACCCAAGAACGCCUGAGACAAUUCAGCCCGACAGAAGAGCCAUCUUGGGGAAUGGUUCACCAUCGGAGCACAGUGCUUUGGACAGAUGCCACCAGAACGGUCUAUUAUUCUGCGAACCCGGCAAAACGAGUGCAUGUGCGUCACGUGUGCUGCUCAAAUCGAUUCCAAGCGAUUGCGGCUUUGGCAUCCUGUCACCCAUCUUUUCCAAUGGGCGCUGUCGAUAUUUCUGUUUACCCGGUGGAAACCAACACUCCCGCCUCUGUGUCUGUCCCGACAAUGAACCUGGUUGUCAUCGGGAAAUCUAACGGCACCCUGGUUCGUAUCAUUCUUUAG